CUGGAGUCGACGUCCUCUCCCGCAGGCCCAUUUGAUUGAUAUCUUAAAUAUAUUCAAAGGUAUGUUAAUAGCACCACUCCCGUGGCUUGGUAAUAAGUCUUGGCGGUCUGAUGCAAGAUGCCUUCAUCUCCUUGCAUAACAACCUAUGUUUUGGAUACAUAUAAAGUACUAACUUUCUUCAGUAGUGCCCCUCCUUUCACACCGACGCUAUUCCUUUACGUAGGAACUCCAUCUCGUUCGCCGAUCUCUACAUAACAUCACCUUCAGUGUCUUGGCGACGCGUCAGCCAAAUAACCGAGCUAUUAAAUCAGCUGCGGUCAUCCAUCUGCCACCCAGCUGUUCCGUAUCAGUGUGCUGGCCUUGUAAUUGACGGCUGGUCCGUCGAUUGCUUAUAUAUCAUCUACUUACCUCUUGUCCUUCUCAGUCAAACCUGCAUCAUGAAAGCCCCACCCUACGUUUGCUCCCUGGCCUUGGCCUUGAUCUUUGCUUCUCCCGCACUCGCAGCUCCCACAGUAAGAUACGAGGUACCCCAAUCUCCAUACUUGACACGCUUCGUCGAGUCAGAUUCCAGAGGUGGGAUGUCGCGGUACAUCAAAAGAAUCCCAGAAUCUCUCCGGAGAGAGCGUGGUCCUUCCUAUUCCAGCGUCUUCAAAAGACCCGAAGAAGAUGUAUUCCAUGCUCGAGCUCUCGAAGACACAGUCUUCAUCUCUGUUCGUCGCAUAGACGAGCCGGGCCAUGACGGGAUGCAAUUCAUAAUCGGCAAUCAGAUAUUAGAGAUCGCAGAGAGUCCUCGAACGAUGACCGGAAGAGCUGCUUUUGAGGUAGUCUAUAAUCGAGAGGGGGAUGAUGAUCGAGGGGGAGCAAGAGCCACCUGGGGAGGCUACGAUCCGCCCAGCAGAGCUGAUGAGUCCAAGUGGCUGGAGGCGAAUGUGGAUAGAUCCGUCGGAUGA